AACUCGAUCUCAGAGAGGGAUUUAUCAAUUAAUAUAUUAGGAUUCCAAUCCUUUGACUAAUUAGUAUCCUCGGGAGCUGGUUGUGCUUAUGUCGAAUUGUAUUACAAUUUGAAGACUCCGAGCAGACAACACUAGACUCAAUACUCUCCCGCUUCCACCAUGAGGGUUCACUCAUCACUCCUCUGCCUUCUGUGGGUUUACUUAGGCCUAGCCUUUAGUCCAACAUACCCCAUCCGCCUUCGCAAAGCAAGAAAUCCAGCUAACAGAACCAAACCUCAAGCUGGGGCAAAACACUACCUCCCCCACAGCGACCUCCACACCAACAGGAGCCCUCUAUCCCCUCAGCACCGACUCCUAUCUCUCCUUCUUCCUCCUCGAACAGCUCUCUCUCUCCCCAAGCGGCGGUUCCAGCACAAGCGAAGUCCUCCGUGCCGCGUCCCAAAUCAAUGCUAGCGACUACAUGGAGAGCGUCUAUACCGAGUUCAAGUUCCUCGCAGACGCUAUCCACAAUACCAUCACUUCGGCCAAUACAUCUAAACACCCCGUCUCGGCGCGUGACGCCUUCUUCAGAACAGCAAGCUACUACCGUGCGGCUACGUUUUUCCUCGCUCAGAAUCAGAGCGACGAGCGGUUGUUUGAGGUGUGGGAUACACAGAUGAGGGACUUUGAUAGUGCAUUGGCAUUAUCGGAUAUAAAGGGAGAGAGGGUCACGGUUAAGGGGCCGGGAUUCGAUAUACCCGUUAUCUUCUGGGCUGCUCCCGGCUCUGAGGCAAGGCCCACGGUACUCAUUGGGAGUGGAUACGAUGCGUCACAGGAAGAGAGCUUUCACUACCUAGGGCGGGCGGUGCUAGAUCGCGGCUGCAAUCUAGCUACGUACGAGGGGCCGGGCCAGCCGACGGUGAGACGGCAGCAGGGAUUGGGAUUUAUAUCAAAUUGGUGGGAUGUCGUCACGCCCGUCGUGGACUACCUUUCUUCCCGCAAUAGCGAAGUCGACGAGGACAAGAUCGCGCUGGUAGACGUUUCCUUCGGAGGUACCCUGGCACCGCUCGCGGCGUCGAGGGAACACCGCCUCGCGGCCGUGCUGGUCAUCGACGGGCUGGUGAGCUUCCAGGAUGCGAUCUUAUCCCAAAUCCCCGCCGAAGUGGCCGAGUUGUAUACCAGCGGCGCCGAGGCCGACUUCAACGAGUACAUGAACGCGGUCCGGUUGAACCCACUGUCGCCGAAGAUCUUCCGCUUUGUCAUCAACCAGGGCCUUUGGAGUUUCGCGACCGAGAGCCCAUAUGACUGGUUCGCCAGGUUGGGGAAGUUUAGGCUCGAUGAGGAUGUCGUGGGCAAUAUGACCUGUCCGGUGUUUGUGGGCAGCGGUGAGGAUGACACGUUUGCGCCUGGGCAGCCGGAGGAGCUUCAGAAGAUGUUGGGGGAUAAGGGGUAUUAUCAUUUGUUUGAGACGAAGUUAGGGGCUGGUGAACAUUGUCAGUUGGGGGCCGAGGCACAGUUGGCGCAGGUCGCGUUUGAUUGGCUGGAGACCGUGUUUGAGGGUGUCGGCGGGAAGGGGAACGGGACGGUGAUGUAAAGAUUUGAGGAGAGACGAGUUAUGGAGUUGUUGAUGAAGAUGUUUUAGACUGCGAUAGAGUGUGUAUAACUUGUUCAUUAGGCUUGAACUACCUGUUCAGUAGCGUCGAGUUGGCAAAUUCGUCCCGCAAAGAAAAACAGGCCACCCGAGACUUAAGAGAAAACGUAUAAUUCGUAACAAGUUCAGCU